CGUAAUUUGCUUAGUAGGAGUUUUUUUUGUGUGUACCUUAUCCCCGAGUCGUCUUUGUCUUUAUAGUCACUUCCCUUAUUCUUGAUAAGGGAGUUCCAUCGUCCUUAGCCCAUGGAGCCUACCUCGUGGAAAUCCUAUCCUUGAUAAGAUUUGAACUUAUCCCAUGACAAAUCCUAUCCUAGAUACGAUUUGUCAUCAUUCUUAUCUAAUAGAAUGGUUAUCCUUAAUAACGAGAUAUUAUCGUCUGAGAGUUGGAGAAAUCUGGUGGCAGGUCAAUAUUUAAUUCCCUUUUUUGUUAAGUCAAGAUAGGCUAGGGUUAUUUUUCCCUAUCAGUUGCCCCCUAUUUCUGGGUACGUGGUGGACCAAGGAAAUACUUUCUAUAUUCCAUUUGUUUCCUUUUUACUACAGGCCCCUUCCAUAUUGUAGUAGGACUCCUUUACAAGAACUUCACUGUUACUUGAAAAAGAAUUUUCUUUCCUAUAAAUAGAUAAAUAUAUAUAUUUAUUUAUUUACCUUCCUUUUCUUUUUGGUCUGAAAUCCUCCAAACUGGAUCCUAACUGUGAGUUUAUUGUGGAUCGUUGUAGAUACGUAAUUAGAUCAAGUUGUCUCUACCAGGUUAUUGGUGUAAUUCCAAAGUGGUUUCGCUAUUUUCGCGAUAUCCGAUACCUCAUCAUGUUCGUGCAGAAAAAUAACUUGAAUACUGAAUCUCAAUCCGAGGACUCAACCUCUGAAAGUGUUGAAGAACUCGAUCCUGACUAUGCUGAUGAAUCUGGUGUUGAUUACUCCUCAAGACCAAGGACUGCUUUUUCCAAGCAACCUCCUCGUGAAGGAGAAUCCUUAAUGAAGGAUGAGAAUUUACAGAGUUGUAGAGUUAAAUAUUCCAUUCCUUCAUCUAUUCGUCUUCACAAACCCAAACCAGAAGAUAGAUGUUCUUCUAUUCGUUUGGGUGAGGUAUGUUUUUUCGAGUCGACUUUUGCUGCGGGCUUGCGUUUUCCGAUUCACCCAUUUGUAGAAGAAAUUCUUUCUCAUCUGAAGAUAGCUCCUUCUCAAAUUUCUCCUAAUUCAUGGAGAAUUAUUAUAGGCUGUUUGAUUGUUUGGGGAAAGUGUGGCAAUGGCCGUCUAACAGUAAAUCAAUUCCUGCAUUUUUAUUAUCCCAAGAAGAAAAAAGACAAUUUUUGGUACUUCCAGUGUAGAUCAAAGAAGACAUUCCUCCUUGUCGCAACCCCUGAAAAUAAUAAAGGUUGGAAGAGUCGUUUCUUCUUUAUUUCCGGUGCAUACGGGAAAUUUCCAACUAUUUGGAAUAAUUCAGAUCCAACAGAAGCCGAGCAUGUUGGUAAUGCCUCUUCUUACCCAGUAAAGACCUUUAGCGAUCUCAUAACUGACGAGGCUUUAGAUUUGUAUGUACGAGCUCAUAGCUCAAAGGAAACCUCCACCCACUUAGAGAAAGGCAAGAAGCUCAGUAAAAGACUCCUAGCCCAAGUCCGGUCAAGUAAUCUCCCUUCUACUCCUGCUUCCAAAAAAUUACGAAGGGUAGGAGAAGGGAAUCAUGGUACAUCCGCAAGCCCUGGAGUGUUAUCAGGUCCUACUCUUGUACCUCUAGGUUUCAGCGGAUUUGGUGGGGUUCCUACUAGUUUCGAAAGUUUUUGUUCAGUAUCAACCAACCAAGCCUUUUCCCACGGGGAAUCGAUUCUCGAUGACGCUAAUGUCGCGAAUGACAAGUUACAUAAAAUGGUAGUAAAAAACGAUACUGCCAGAUUGCAGAGUUUGCCAGCAUCUGAGCUUUCAAAGAAAUUUCUUCAUCUAAUCGGCUAG